AUGACUGAAACAACAUCACUCUUGCUCAACAACAAAGUGUUCCUGCUCAAACUUGUUUCUCUUCUUCACAUCACACCUCUCUUCCUCCUUGUCUUGCUUCAUUCUCUGGUUGCCGGACCACUGUUGCAAAAGGUAGAGGAUGCAUAUGAAACUUCUCCAUCAUUAUUGGAUCCAGAGGAUGUGAAAUCCCUUGUAACACUUGAAGUCCCUUUCUUUCUUGCCUUUUCCGUUCUCUGGAUCUUUCAAAUCGCCACCACCAUAUGGGCUACAGCCUCGGCUUAUUUGAACGACUUACAGAUCAAUACUCAGCCUCUCGAUCUCAAAGUGGUUGUGCUGAUUUGGAUCAAAACCAAAUCCACGAAAGUAGUUCUCUUUCGCCUUUUCUUAUUCCUCAUGAUGAUCAUCAUCCUGUUGGUCCUAGCGGCCGCUGCAUUAUUUGUCCUGGGAAAAUCCAAUGCUGUAAUCCGUUGGGUUAUUGUUUUAGUGGCUGCAAUCACAUACCCGUAUUUGGCUUCGAUAUGUGCUCUGGGGUUGAUAAUUUCGGUUCUCGAAGAAAGUUGUCUGGCUGCAUUUCAAGAAGGCUGCAACCUCGUAAAUCACGGUAGGAAGCUGCAGACUUACGUCGUGAUGCUGAUUUUAACCCUGCUCAGCAUCCCCAUUCACGUGAUCUUUUAUGUGACUUCCAUGGAUGAUGAUGACGAGCGUACCUUCGUCACAGGCUUUCCUUUCAGUCUGGUGGGAACAUCUUUCUUCUGCCUUGCAAACCACUUCAUGUUUGCGGUGUUUACGCUCUUGUACUUGGAAAUCAAGCAUGCCUCUCCUCAUGGUGUAGAUAGAGUAGAAGAAGCAUUGCAGCUUUGCACCGAUACAUAG